AUGGGCGACAAAAGCCCUGAGGAUAUAACGAGCGAACCACCCGAAACCCCAAGCAUCCCAACAGAAAGCCUUCCCUCCCCGGCAACCAAACCACCCAAGCUCUGCAAGCGACGCAAAUCAAGAAAACAUUCCAACGCAUCAAUCGGAACCGUGGAUCCACCACAGGAAGGACAGGAGGAGCAGAAGGAGACUCCUCCAGAGCAAACGGCCCCUCCAGCUGAAGAAACCCAACCUUCCGAAGAAAGCCCCCCGAAACCCCCCGCCGAGCCUGAGCCAACCCCCCAAAACGACAACAAAAACACCCCACAAGAGAAACCCCAAGACCCAAAACCAAACAUGAGCACCGAAACAACCGACGAUGUGACCAGCCUGACUAAGGAUGUCGGGGAGAAAGCCGCCCCUGCCAAAGAAACAAUCCGAGAAAUAACCACCGGAGGCAUGGACAUGAAAAUCGACGACGAAGACCUAAACUGGAAGUCAUCCGACAAGGAAGGGAGCUUGCAGAUUCGAAUCCGACUUAACCUGCGCGCAAAAGUGCAGUUGAAUCUUGAUGCCAGAGUUAAGGGUGAGGUUGUGAUUGGGUUGUUGUAGAGGAUACCUUCUUCUUAUCUCGCUGAUGGACUUUUGCGUCUACCCUGAAC